CCGGUCUUUUCGAUUCUUAUGUGAAGGAACAAAAUUGUUUUCUAGGGUUCCUCUCUGGUUCAAGUUCUUCCCACUUUCACCAAAUCUUCUCCCGGAGAUAUUGUGGUCGGCCGAGCGGAAAUGACAAAGAGAACCAAGAAGGCAGGCAUUGUUGGAAAAUAUGGUACCCGAUAUGGUGCCAGUCUGAGAAAGCAGAUUAAGAAGAUGGAAGUCAGUCAGCACAGCAAAUACUUUUGUGAGUUCUGUGGAAAGUAUGCAGUUAAGAGGAAGGCAGUUGGAAUUUGGGGCUGCAAAGAUUGUGGUAAAGUGAAGGCCGGAGGUGCCUACACUCUUAACACUGCUAGUGCUGUGACAGUGAGGAGCACUAUUAGGAGGCUGAGAGAGCAAACUGAAAGCUAAGCCAUCUUCACUGCGUAUUUGAUCUUUUUUUUUUCUAAAAGGAAAAAGAAUGCGCCCUCAUUAAACUUAUUAUCUUCAUAUCAAUGUUGUAGGAAUUGGUUAUUUUAAGUUAAUUGAAAAUGAUCCUUUUCUUCAUUUCUUGUAAUAGAUUCUAUUGAUCGUGAAUUGAGUUUUACUCGAGUAACGUGUUUGGUGGCGAAAGUUGAUAUUGAUCAAA